AUGUGUCCCUUCAGUUACCCAUACAGUGAAGACAGCAGUCAGGGGAAGGAGUACAUGAACACCAGAUGUCCCGCCUGGUGUGACCGAAUCCUCAUGUCUUCUUCUGCCAGAGACCUGGUUUUAAAGCCUGAAAAUGAAGACAAGUCUGUAGUGUACGAUAACAUUGGGCCAAAUGUCUGUAUGGGGGACCACAAGCCUGUCUUCCUGUCCUUCCGAAUAACAGCGGGGGCAGGAAAAUGUUGCCAUAGUGGGGAGAAGAUAUUUCUUGAAGCACCUCUGUGAGAACACGGCAGAAAACCGGGACAACAACAACACACACACACACACACACAUUUUCAGCAGUGCUGACCAGUUGCAGUUGUCCUGACACCUCAUCCAUAUUGAAGACCCCCGUUGUUUUCUCUCCAUAAAACACUUGUUGAGAUGUGGUCUCA